AUGAAGGAGCCGUUGUUGUGGGGAAGAGAAGAGAAAAGUGGGAGCAAAAGAGGGAAAGUGAUUUGGGAAGGGUUGAUGAUGAUGAGUAAGAAUAAGGUUGAGAAGUUGAAGAAUACCGUGACGGUGAGGUCUUCGAGGAUGAACUUGUGGAUGAUACGAGCUACCACGUCGGUGAUUUUGUGGAUUUGCAUUGUUCAGUUAACUGCAUUUGGUGAUAUGUGGGGUCCUAGAGUUUUGAAAGGUUGGCCUUCGUGUUUUACUCAAGAAUCUGCAAUCGUCGAGCUGCCUUCUAUUCCGCCCAGGGUUCUUCCACCCAAGAGGGUUUAUAAAAACAAUGGUUAUUUGAUGGUGUCGAGCAAUGGAGGAUUGAAUCAAAUGAGAGCGGCGAUAUGUGAUAUGGUGGCAAUUGCAAGAUAUUUAAAUGUCACUCUAAUAGUCCCUGAAUUGGAUAAAGCAUCCUUUUGGGCUGAUCCCAGUGAGUUCCAAGAUAUAUUUGAUUUGGAACAUUUUAUUACAUCCUUGAGAGACGAGGUGCGGAUAUUGAAAGAGUUACCUACUAGACUCAAGCGAAAAGUGGAAAAUGGAUUUCUUUACACCAUGCCCCCGAUUAGUUGGUCUGACAUGUCAUACUAUAAGAAUCAGAUUCUGCCAUUGAUACAAAAGUAUAAAGUUGUCCAUUUAAAUCGAACGGAUGCUCGGUUGGCAAAUAAUGGACAAUCUUUAGAGAUUCAGAAGCUGCGUUGCCGAGUCAAUUUUAGUGCUCUUAGAUUUACUCCUCAGAUUGAGGAGUUAGGCAGAAAGGUGAUCAAUCUUCUGAAACAGAAUGGCCCAUUUCUGGUACUUCACCUGAGGUAUGAGAUGGACAUGUUGGCAUUUUCUGGCUGUACUCAAGGUUGCAACAGUGACGAGGUAGAAGAAUUGACAAGGAUGAGAUAUGCUUAUCCUUGGUGGAAAGAAAAAAUAAUUAAUUCCGAUUUGAAAAGAAAAGAUGGUUUAUGUCCUCUAACACCCGAAGAGACUGCUCUUGCGCUUAGGGCCUUUGACAUUGAUCAAAACAUUCAAAUCUACAUUGCUGCUGGGGAAAUAUAUGGUGGGAGUAGGAGAAUGGCCAGUCUAGCAAAGAACUAUCCAAAAUUGGUCCGAAAGGAAACACUGUUGGAACCGUCUGAACUUCAGUUCUUCCAAAACCAUUCCUCUCAAAUGGCAGCAUUGGAUUAUCUCGUCUCAUUAGAGAGUGAUAUCUUUGUUCCUACAUAUGAUGGAAAUAUGGCCAAAGUAGUUGAAGGUCAUCGCAGAUAUCUUGGGUUCAAGAAGACAAUUUUAUUGAACAGAAAGCUCUUAGUUGAGUUGAUAGAUCAAUACAACAAUGGAGAAAUGAACUGGAAUGAAUUCUCUUCUGCCGUUAAGCAUUCUCAUGCAGAUCGCAUGGGCGGCCCAACGAAAAGAUUGGUAAUACCCGAUAGACCAAAAGAAGAGGAUUUUUUCUAUGCCAAUCCAGAGGAAUGUUUAGAACCAUCAGAAGAUGACACAUCGAGAAGUACAGCGUAA